AUGUCGUCUGUCGAAGCCCAGCUCAAGGAUGUCGCCAUCCUGGGCAAGAUCCCCAAUGACGCCCGCAAGAUCCUGACGAAGGAAGCCUGUGCCUUCUUGGCCAUUCUGCACCGCACCUUCAACCCUACCCGCAAGGCCCUCCUGCAGCGCCGUAUCGACCGCCAGGCCGAGAUCGACAAGGGCCAGCUGCUCGACUUCCUGCCCGAGACCAAGCACAUCCGUGAGAAUGACGCAUGGAAGGGUCCCCCCCCCGCCCCCGGUCUGGUCGACCGCCGUGUGGAGAUCACCGGCCCUACUGACCGCAAGAUGGUCGUCAACGCCCUCAACGCGGACGUUUGGACGUACAUGGCCGAUUUCGAAGAUUCCAGCGCCCCCACCUGGGAGAACAUGAUCAAUGGCCAGGUCAACCUGUACGACGCCAUCCGCCGCCAGGUCGACUUCAAGCAGGGCGGCAAGGAAUACAAGCUCCGCACCGACCGCACUCUCCCCACCCUCAUCGCCCGUGCCCGUGGCUGGCACCUGGAUGAGAAGCACUUCACCGUCGACGGCGAGCCCAUCUCCGGUAGUCUCUUCGACUUCGGUCUGUACUUCUUCCACAACGCCAAGGAGCUCGUCGCUCGCGGCUUCGGCCCACACUUCUACCUCCCCAAGAUGGAGUCUCACCUCGAAGCUCGUCUCUGGAACGACGUCUUCAACCUCGCCCAGGACUACAUUGGCAUGCCCCGCGGCACCAUCCGUGGCACCGUGCUGAUCGAGACCAUCACCGCCGCCUUCGAGAUGGAUGAGAUCAUCUACGAGCUGCGCGACCACAGCUCCGGCCUGAACUGCGGCCGCUGGGACUACAUCUUCUCUUUCAUCAAGAAGUUCCGCCAGAACCCCAACUUCGUGCUUCCCGACCGCUCCGACGUCACCAUGACUGUGCCCUUCAUGGACGCCUACGUCAAGCUGCUCAUCAAGACCUGCCACCGCCGCGGCGUCCACGCCAUGGGUGGCAUGGCCGCCCAGAUCCCCGUGAAGAACGACCCCGUCGCCAACGACAAGGCCAUGGAGAGCGUGCGCGCUGACAAGCUCCGGGAAGUCCGCGCUGGCCACGACGGCACCUGGGUUGCCCACCCAGCCUUGGCCUCCAUCGCCUCCGAGGUCUUCAACAAGCACAUGCCGACCCCCAACCAGAUGUUCGUGCGACGCCAGGAGGUCCACAUCACCGCCAACGACCUGCUGAACACCAACGUGCCCGGCAAGAUCACCGAGGACGGCAUCCGCAAGAACCUGAACAUCGGCCUGAGCUACAUGGAGGGCUGGCUACGCGGCGUGGGCUGCGUGCCUAUCAACUUCCUGAUGGAAGACGCUGCGACCGCCGAGGUCUCCCGCAGCCAGCUGUGGCAGUGGGUGCGUCACGGAGUGACCUCCUCCGAGGGCAAGAAGGUGGACAAGGCGUAUGCGCUGCGUCUGUUGCAGGAGCAGGCGGACAGCCUUGCGUCGCAGGGCCCCAAGGGUAACAAGUACCAGCUCGCGGCGCGGUACUUCGCGGGCCAGGUGACUGGCGAGGACUACGCGGAUUUCCUGACCAGCUUGCUGUACAACGAGAUCUCUUCGCCUGGCGCGGCGGCCAAGCUGUAA